GAACGCCCUCCCCAUCCACUAUGGCCGACACCAACUCCACCUUCAACUCCUCCACAAAUGGCACAUUCAACGGGACAUUUAACGGCACGAACAGCGACUUCACCCCUCCUACGCCUCCCAACUUUUGGCUUGGACUGCUAUGGCCCAUCCUCUACAUUACAAUCCUUGUUGGUUCGCUGUCCACAUUUUCCUCACUCUACCGCAAACGCCAAAUAUCCAAAGCCGCACGCCUGGAGUCGUGGUUCCCACCCCACCGCCAACGCGACAUUUACUUGUCGCUACUGCAUCUAGAUCCGAGUGAGGAUGCUGGCGAAGACGAGAAGAAGCUGAAAUCAGUGCCCGACAAUGUGCUGAAAGCGGCGCUCUUGCAGAGAGCUGUGGAAGACAUUCAGAGGAUCGUGCAAUUAAGAUCGAGUAAGCCUGCGUUGCAAACGCUUCUGCAGAGAGGGAGCGUGGGCGACGAACUAUGGCAGAGAUUUCUGAGGGCAGAGAGGGAGAUGGAGGAGGAAGUCAAGGAUGUGGUCAAUGAGGCUAACGCUUUUGCGCCCAACUGGGGCCAGAUCAUCUUUCAAUCUGCGAACGAGAUGAAUCAGAACCGCAUACUCAAGGAACGAAUCGCUGAAUUGCAAGCCACGACACAAGCGGAGAAGGAUUGGUGGGAGAAGCGAAGGACGGGAAUCAAGGCCAACUUCUUGAAGGAACUCGAUGAGGAUGAAGCUGCCACUGCCAAGACCCAGAUCCCGCAAGGAAGCAGCGACGAAGAUGCGCCUGUACUUGUAGAGGCUGGCGGUCCUCAGGGUGCUCAAGGGAGCAUGAAAGGAAAAAAGAAGGGCGGGAAGAAGUGAAACCCUCGCUAUAGCGUGAUGAGUCAACUGGCAGUCUCCUCCUUGAAGACAAUGUCGUUCCUCGUGCGGCUCGCUGAACGGAAGCCUGGGCAAGGCCGUUGUCAGCGAUGCAAAGUAUGAAAUCUAAUGUCUGAAACUGGAAGAUAUGGCAUGCAAAUCGCGGGUCGGUACAGGUCGUGCAGAAAGUCCUCGAUGAGGAAAGUGUGAUGAAGCGUGGUUCUAGGUGUGUUCAGCAUGGAAGGAACGCUCUUGUGGUCAGGCAUAGUCGUUAGCAGGGCGUUCAGGUUCAGUUCUCGUAUUAAGAGUUGC